ACUGUGAUUGUCACCUGGCUGAUUCAGAAAGAGCAGCUCUGAGAUCAGAACUGGACCGUGUCAAAAUGUGGCUGACUUUCUCUCUGGGAAAAAACGUUGGGAAGAAGUUGUUCUUGACCAAUGGUGAAAAGAUGACCUUUGGAGGAGUGAAGGCUCUGUGUGCCCAGUUCCAGGCCUCUGUGGCCACCCCCAGGAAUGCGAAAGAGAACAGUGUCAUCCAGAAGAUGGCCAAGGAAGGGGUCUACCUGGGCAUCACAGAUGAGAUACAAGAAGGCCAGUUUGUGGAUCAGGAAGGAAAAAGACUGGUCUACCAAAACUGGAAUGACGGCGAGCCCAACAAUGCUGACCCUGGGGAAGAUUGUGUGGAGCUCCUGACAAAUGGCAAGUGGAAUGAUAUCUCCUGCUCCUCCUCCCUUCUGGCAGUCUGUGAGUUCCCUGUGUGAUGGAAUGCACUCCUUGGGUACCCCUUGUCCCUUUACUACACACCACAGGCCCACAGU